AGGAAGAAGAAACCGAAGCCAUUUGCAGUACGGGCGUUGGUGAGCGCCAGCCUGAGACAGACUUGGGCACGGAGCCCUGGAGCAGCACCCUCGGGGUCGGCCAAAUGGGCGCCGUCAUGGGACCGGUUCUACUGUGGCUGCAGGACGUGGUGGCCGUGGCGGUCCUGAGGGCCCGGCGGACCCUGCUGCAGGCUGCUAUCCUGCUCUGUGUGCUGGUACUGUUACUCUGGGUGGCCAUCUUCCUGUACGGCAGUUUCUACUAUUCCUACAUGCCCACUGUCAGCUUCACCACGCCGGUGCACUACUACUAUAGGACUGACUGUGAUUCUUCGAGCACAGCCCUCUGUUCCUUUCCCAUGGCGAAUGUCUCGCUUUUGAGGAAUGGCAAAGACCAGGUGAUGGUGCACGGCCAGCCGUAUCGGAUCUCUCUAGAGUUGGAGAUGCCCGAGUCACCAGUGAAUCAGCAGCUGGGCAUGUUCAUGGUCAGGAUGUCCUGCUACGCUAAGGAUGGUCAGACGGUCGCCUCUGUGGCCCGCUCGGCCAUGCUGCAUUAUCGCUCCGGCCUCCUCCAGACGCUGAGCACUCUGUUUUUCUCUCCUCUCCUGCUGUCUGGAGUGUCAGAGCAGAAGCAGUAUGUUGAAGUGGAGCUCUUCGCUGACCACAGGGAGGAUUCUUACCGGCCCACAAAAGGUGCAGUGAUUGAGAUCCAGUCUCAUCAUGUUCAGCUCUAUGGAGCACAGCUCCGCAUCCACGCUCACUUCACUGGCAUCAGGUACUUCCUGUACAACUUCCCUCUGAUAUCGGCAGUGAUUGGUGUGGGCAGCAACUUCGCCUUUCUUAGUGUCAUCGUGCUCUUUAGCUACCUGCAGUUCACUUGGGGUGGAAUUUGGCCUCCAGAGCAGGUCAGAGUCAGGGUGAUGAUGGGAGAUGACACUCGCCUUCAGCAGCGAAGAGAGGAGGUUCGUAAACGUAUUGGAUCGUCCAGUUCUCUGAAAAAGAAGUCGGAGUCAGGAAGUGACAUCAUUAUAGAACCUGCAGAGUCUGCUCAGAGGAAAGGUGAGCUGGAAACACUUGGGACUGUUUCCCCUGUGGAUCAGUCGUCCACUUUGCAGGACAGCAGCACAGUGUUUGAGACCACCACAGAGGAGCUCCCUGCGUUUACCUUAACCCACCGGCCAGUGGAGGCAGACGUGGGCGAGGCAGAGGCUGAUGAUCCCGAGGUUGAAGGAACAGCAGUGGAGGACAGUAGGGGUCAAGCGGAGGGCUCCCAGGAGCCACAACUCACUGACACCACCCUCCGCCACAGACACGGGCCACAAAGCAUCUGAAUGCUUCAGGAACAUGGCAGGCACUGGUACAAUCGGUUUAAUUUGCCGGGCCCAUUGAGAGCAGUAGGACAUAGAUACGCACACUGAUACACCUUGUUUCCAUUAUCUGUGAAUUUAUACUUCCUGCUUUUUAUCUCUGUUAACUCCAUUUAGGCCAAAAUCCACAUGGGGGAAUUUGUUCUACUUGCUGCCACUUUUCAUUGUGCUCCAGUGACUUACUCAAACAUAAACACACACACACCGGAAAUUAAAGGAAGACUAAAGUGACCUCUUUAACCUAUUGCUGCUUUCCCUAUGUUGCAAACAAGUUUACCUCAUAUCUACAACGAAUGUGACCUCAGCUCUACCUUGGUCUUCCACCGGUGUCUCAUGGUUUGUGAUCCUCAGUGAUGUCACUUUCCUGACGCUCCAUUACCCAUAACUCACUGUGUCUCACAAGAAGUAGAGUAGUAUUUUAUUAUAUUAUUAUUCAAAUCCAAGAGACCAUAUUUAGUG